AUGACAUUUCCCUUGUUGCCAUUGAUUUCGUCUCCUACUGAGACUGAGACCAUCGCAAAGUAUGCUGUGACCGGUAAAGUGCUUUUCCCCCUCGGUUCAGUGACUCCCUCCAAACACUUUGUGCACGAAUAUGGAAAAGGUGCUGCAAUUAGCGUUGAUGCUACUGCCAGCAGUGUUAACGUUGAUAAGGCGGUUGAAUUGCUCAAUAUCGGUAUUAAACAAUUAUUUAUUGAUGAAGCUGACUUUGAACUGUUGAUCUCAGUUGCUGGCUUACCAAGCUCCAGAUUUGUGAUCAAAUGUAGUGACGGUGCCUCUCCCUCUCCAAAGGUAUUGGAAUCUAAGGCUUCCUUGCUCUUCUCAGAACCAAUCUCAGACUCUGAUUUCAUACAAUUUUCUGCCGGUGGGAAUAGACCAGUCUAUUUACAAUCGUCAGAGUUUACCGAGGCUUCAGCUGUGGCUGCCGCUAAAAAGGGUUACAUUCCAAUCAUCAAUGCAUCACAAUUGACAACAGAAAGUGUCUCUUGUAACAGCAAUGAGUCUCUUAUUCCCAUUUCUGCUGUUUUCAUUGCAACCUUGACUACUGAUCGUCCUGACGGCUUAUAUACCACAUUAAUAAAUGGUCCUGCUCCAGCUUAUACGGCCUUGGGUGUUGUUUACUCAUCAAAGGAAUCUAUUGCUGAGUCUAUUGCUGUUGGUGAAGGUGUUUACCAAUCACGCAAACGUCGUGAAGAAUUGUGGUACAAGGGUAAGACCAGUGGUGCAACCCAAAAGUUAAUUCGUUUAGAAAGAGAUUGUGAUUCUGACUUGGUCAAGUUCACUGUUGAACAGAAGGACGGGACUGGUUUCUGUCACUUGGAAAACAACCACACAUGUUUCUUUGAUGGAGAUUUAACUGAAUCAAAAGAGGCAACUGGAUCUGGCUUGCCCAAAUUGGACGGUACAUUAAUUAAGAGAUUUGAAUCUGCUCCAGAAGGUUCUUACACCAAGAGAUUAUUCAAUGAUGAGUCCUUGUUAGUGGCUAAGUUAAAGGAAGAAUUGGAUGAGUUGAUUGAAGCUGGGAAGGACAAGAAUCAGGCAGAAGUAGCAUGGGAAGCUGCUGAUUUGUUGUACUUUGUCAUGGUUUGGUGUAUCAAGAAUGGUGUUAGACUUUCUGAUAUUGAAAGAAACUUGGAUAUCAAAAGUCUUAAGGUUACUAGACGUAAGGGAGAUGCCAAAACUGCUUACGUUGAAACAUCUUCAUCACAACCAAAGACAGUUGAACCUAUUGUCACUGAGGAUUUGUACAGGAUGAAGAUCAUCGAUUCUAAAACUGCUUCUGCCUCAGAAAUUGAAGCUUCUUUAACAAGACCAGUUCAAUCUACUAAUGAUAUCAUGAAGUUAGUGUUGCCCAUAAUUAAAAAGGUUCAAGCAAACGGUGACAAGGCAUUACUUGAAUUGACUGAAAAGUUUGAUGGUGUCAAGCUUGAAGCUCCUGUUCUAAAUGCUCCAUUCCCUGAAGAAUACAUGCAAAUCUCUGAAGAUAUGAAGGAAGCCAUUGAUAUCUCUAUCCAGAACAUUGAAAAGUUCCACACUGCUCAAUUACCUCAAGAGAAGGUUAUGACUGUGGAAACAUGUCCCGGUGUUUAUUGUUCACGUUUUGCAAAGCCAAUAGAGAACGUUGGUUUGUAUGUUCCAGGGGGUACAGCUGUUUUACCUUCAACAGCUAUGAUGCUAGGUGUUCCAGCUAAGGUUGCUGGUUGUAAGAACAUCGUUUUUGCAUCACCACCUUCUCGUUCCACUGGCAGAUUGACUCCGGAAGUUGUUUAUGUGGCCCAUAAGUUAGGUGUUAAGUCCAUUCUUAUGGCUGGUGGCUCUCAAGCAAUUACUGCUAUGGCUUAUGGAACUGAAUCAGUGUUGAAGUGUGAUAAGAUUCUUGGUCCUGGUAAUCAAUUUGUUACAGCUGCUAAGAUGUACGUUCAGAAUGAUACUGAAGCUUUGUGCUCUAUCGAUAUGCCUGCUGGUCCUUCCGAAGUGUUAGUCGUAGCAGAUGAAGAAGCGGAUGCGGACUUUGUUGCUAGUGACUUGUUGUCCCAAGCAGAGCAUGGUGUUGAUUCCCAAGUUAUCUUAAUUGGUGUUGGAUUGACACCAAAGAAAUUGGCUGAGUUUGAAGAAGCCGUCAAGAGACAAGCAUGUGUUUUGCCCAGAAGGGAAAUUGUUCAUAAAUCAUUAGCACAUUCCUACAUUUUGUUAGUGGAUACAUAUGAAGAAGCUUUUGAAUUAUCAAACAAAUAUGCACCAGAACACUUGAUUUUACAAAUAACAGAUGCUCAAAAGUACGUUCCAGAUUAUGUUGAAAAUGCUGGUUCUGUAUUUGUUGGAGCUUUAUCGCCAGAAUCAUGUGGAGAUUAUUCUUCAGGUACCAACCACACAUUGCCAACAUAUGGUUAUGCUAGACAAUACUCUGGGGUGAACACUUCUACAUACCUCAAGUUUAUUACUGCACAGAAUGUAAGUGAAGAAGGGUUAAAGAGCAUUGGUAAAGCAGUUAUGACUUUGGCUGCCGUUGAAGGCUUGGAAGCCCAUAGAAACGCUGUACAAGUUAGAAUGGAUAAGUUGGGAUUACUUUAA